CCUAACAACGGUGUUGUGUUUUUGUUUCGAUGGCUAAAUUGUUCAGAGCGUUUUUCUUCAAGUCUCUUUUCUUCUUUUGGUACCGUUUUCUCUUUAGGCAACUAAGGAACCUAAUCCGUUUCCACAGAACCAUAAGCAAUUCUUUUUCGGGUGCAACACCAACACAGUUUAAUAAGUACCAGAAAUUCCCCUCUCUAAUCCACCGAUCAGACCUCAACGAUCACAUGUUGAUCUUUGAUGUCGAAAACGCGUUGUUGAAAUCCUCUUCUUUGUUCCCAUAUUUCAUGCUCGUGGCCUUUGAGGCAGGGGGGCUUGUUAGAGCCAUAGUUUUGGUUCUUCUAUACCCUUUUGUUUGUGUCGUAGGAAAAGAGAUGGGGUUGAAGAUAAUGGUCAUGGCAUGCUUCUUCGGGAUCAAAGCAUCGAGCUUCAGAGUUGGAAGGUCCGUUUUGCCCAAAUUCUUCUUGGAGGACGUUGGUGCAGAAAUGUUUGAGGCACUCAAAAAAGGAGGGAAGACAGUGGGAGUUACCAAUUUACCCCACGUGAUGGUGGAAAGCUUCUUGAGAGAGUAUUUGGACAUUGAUUUCGUUGUGGGAAGGGAGAUGAAAGUUUUCUGCGGAUACUACGUGGGGUUGAUGGAGGACACAAAAACUAUGCAUGCCUUGGAGCUAGUAAAAGAAGGGAAAGGAUGCUCCGACAUGAUCGGAAUCACAAGGUUUCGCAACAUUCGCGACCAUGAUCUAUUUUUCUCUCAUUGCAAGGAAGUGUACGUGGUGUCAGAAGCAGACAAGAGGAGCUGGCAAAAGCUAGCAAGGGAGAGAUACCCCAGAGGCCUUAUCUUUCACGAUGGAAGAUUGGCGCUAAGACCCACUCCAGCGGAGUCCAUAGCAAUGUUGAUGUGGUUCCCCUAUGCAAUCAUCCUCUCUGUUAUUCGCAUUUCCCUGGCUCUCUCUCUUCCAUUUACCAUCUCAACCCCCUUGUUGGUCUUUAGUGGGAUCCGUCUCACCACAACAACAUCAGCACCCACACGCCCCCACAACAUUAAACAAAACAACAAGGGCAUUGUUGGUAAUCUCUACGUGUGUAACCACAGAACAUUAUUAGACCCGCUCUACAUAUCUUUCUCAUUGCAAAAAAACUUAACCGCCGUCACGUACAGUUUGAGUAGGAUGUCUGAGAUCCUUGCCCCAAUCAAAACGGUGCGGUUAACUAGAAACCGCGACGAGGAUGCGAAAAUGAUGAAAAAUUUGCUGGGGCAAGGGGACCUGGUGGUUUGUCCUGAAGGGACCACAUGUAGAGAACCUUAUUUAUUGAGGUUCAGCCCUCUGUUCUCAGAGAUGUGCGAUGAGAUUGUCCCCGUUGCAGUUGAUUCCCACGUUAGUAUGUUCCACGGAACCACUGCUGGUGGACUUAAGUGCUUGGACCCAUUCUUCUUUCUCAUGAACCCCGAGCCUGUUUACACGGUUCAGCUGCUCAACCAUGUUUUCCCUUCCCAAUUACUAUCAUCUCACACCAGUAACACCAGCGUUCUUGACCAUCAAACUUCGAGGUUUCAUGUGGCUAAUAGGGUCCAAACACAGAUUGGUACCGCGUUGGGGUUUGAGUGCACUAAACUCACACGAAAGGACAAGUACUUGAUGUUAGCUGGUAAUGAAGGCAUUGUUAAUUCCAACACCAAAUGCAAAAGCAAGUCCAAGUCGUAGUGGAUCGAAAUCCAGAUCGAGAGCUAGCUAGUACGUUUCCCUCUGUAAAGUCAUCCAACAACCGUUAGCUGUGACGAAAAUGACCAAUUAUGUAUUUAUAUAUAUAGGAUCCAUGAAAAAGAUACAAGGCCAAGCAAUGGGGCCUCCAGUAAAAUUAAUUAAAUUCGUACUCCUAUUCCUUUCUAUUAUUUCAAACUUUGUAAUAAUUCAAUUCCUUGUGUAGUACGUUCAAAAGCAAUUUUAAUAA